CGCCGGGGCUCUGGCAUGGAGUGGGAGGCGGCAACCUGCAGCGAGCAUCGUUGCUUCUCGCCUCUCCUUCUCGUUAUGUGUUUAUUGUGUGCAAGGAGCACAUAACAGGACGAGGGGAAAUGGAGAGUGAAUGCCGAAGAAAGUGGAAGGCAAGAUUUGCCCUGAGGCGAGACAUCUUGAAGGAGUUCCUGGCUGAGUUUCUGGGGAUAUUUGUCCUGAUACUUUUUGGAUGUGGUUCAGUGGCCCAGGCGGUCCUGAGCAAGGGAGCUCUGGGGGAGCCCCUCUCCAUCCACCUUGGCUUCACUCUGGGACUUAUGAUGGCCGCCUACAUUGCAGGAGGGGUUUCAGGAGCCCACGUGAAUCCUGCAGUCACCCUGGCUAUGAUGAUGCUGGGCAAGAUAUCCUGGAAGAAGUUUCCCGUGUAUGUGGCCGCACAGUUUUUAGGGGCCUUUGCUGGGGCCUGCUGCGUAUAUUUGUUGAAUUAUGAUGCUUUAAUGGAAUUUAGCAACGGAGAAUUUAUUAUUAGCGGAGAGAACGCCACUGCUGGAAUAUUUGCAUCUUAUCCUGCUAAGCAUCUCUCUACGCUCAACGGAUUCCUCGACCAGGUGGCAGGAAGUGCUGCAUUGAUCCUGUGCAUCCUGGCCAUAACAGACUCGAGGAAUAUCGGCGCCCCCAAAGGCAUGGAACCUCUGUGCAUCGGCCUAAUCAUCCUGGGCAUAGCCGUGUCCAUGGGUUUGAACUGCGGCUAUCCCAUCAACCCUGCACGAGACCUCAGCCCGCGACUCUUCACCGCUGUGGCGGGAUGGGGGUGGGAUGUUUUCAGGGCUGGAGGUUGCUGGUGGUGGAUCCCUGUGUUUGGACCUAUGGUCGGCGGGGCAGUGGGAGCCGCUAUUUACUUCCUUUUCAUCGAGCUGCACCAUGCUGAGCCCAAACCACAGGAAGAAAACAAUGGCCAGCAAAAGUAUGAAAUCAUAACUCUAUCUUAGAACUAAAUACAGUAACGAAGUAAACGCCUCCUUAUUAAGCAGUCGAAGAAAUGUAUGAUUUCUUCUCGCCAAUCAAUGAAGAAAGGCAAUCGUAAUUACAAAAACAGUAUUGUUUCAUAAAAAAUAAUUUACUGUCCUGUUCUAUCAUUAUUACAGCAUUUUUUACAACUAGUUACUUAGUUAACAAGUAUUGAGUUAUUGAGUUAGUUAGUUAGUUAGUUAGUUCGUUA